AUGUCAUCAUCAUCUGCUUCCAAGCCAUUAUUAUUCGAUCGAAAUCUAGGUUUUGAAUCGAAUGGAGAUUCAUCAUCAUCAUCUAAUUCUUAUCAAAGGUUUACUAAUCCGAUCAUCAAAUCAGAUAACGAUCAAAGAGAUUAUCAAAUCAUCAAACUCAAUAAUCAAUUACAAGUGAUCUUGAUUCAUGAUCCUAAGGCUGACAAAGCGGCGGCUGCUCUAUCGGUCAAUGUCGGUCAUCUCUCCGAUCCACCUCAACUACCUGGUCUAGCUCACUUUUGUGAACAUUUGUUAUUCAUGGGAAACAAAAAAUAUCCUUCUGAAAACGAAUACUCUGAAUACUUGGCAAAACAUUCGGGUUAUUCAAAUGCUUUCACAGGAAUGGAUGAUACGGUUUAUUACUUCGAAGUUCAUCCAUCAGCCUUAGAUGGAGCUUUAGAUCGAUUUGCUCAAUUCUUCAUCUCACCUCUCUUUACGGAAACAUGUACUGAAAGAGAAAUCAGAGCAGUCGAUUCAGAAAACAGUAAGAAUUUACAAUCAGAUCAUUGGAAGUUAUUUCAAUUAGAUAAACAUACUUCUUCACAUGAACAUCAUUCGUUUUGGAAAUUUGGAACUGGCAAUCUACAAACCUUAUGGGAUCAACCUAUCUCCUUAGGCAUUAAUAUUAGAGAAGAAUUAAUUAAGUUUCAUUCAAAACAUUAUUCUUCAAAUCUGAUGACUUUAGCUGUUUCAGGUACAAAUUCGAUUCAAGAAUUAACUCAAAUGGUCUUACAACACUUUUCAGAAAUUCCAAAUAAAGAAAUUCUACCUGAUCAAUUUCAUGGUUCACCUUAUACCGCAACCGAAUUGAAAAAAAUCAUCUUUACUCAAUUAGUUAAAGAUAAUAAUUUAUUAGAAAUCACGUUUCCUUUACCUGAUCAAGAUCCGUUUUAUGAUACUCAACCUACUAGUUUUAUUUCUCAUUUUAUUGGUCAUGAAGGCGUGGGUUCGGCUACUAGUUAUUUAAAGAAAAAAGGUUGGGUUCGUACUUUUCAAUGUGGUCCGGGUGGUGGUGCUACUGGAUUUGAUUUGUUUAAAAUCACUUUAGAUCUCACGGCUGAAGGUUUAUCUCAUUACAAAGAAGUAGUCCAAGUGAUCUUUGCAUACCUUGAUCUCCUAAGAUCCACCCCACCACAAGAAUGGUCAUUUCGAGAACAAGCUCAAUUAGCCGAGAUCCGAUUCCGAUUCAAAUCACAAUCCGCUCCGGGUCAAUAUGCCACCUCAUUAGCCACUUCAUUGCGAAAACCAUGUCCACGUGAAUCGAUCUUAUCAUCUUCAUAUCUCACUAACAAGUUUGAUUCGAAAUUGAUUCAAGAGACGAUGGAUUUGUUGAGACCGGAAUCUUGUAGGAUCGUGAUUGGAUGUCAAUCCGGUCGAUUUGAAAAUCAGGUCAACUUAAACUUAAUCGAACCUUGGUACAACACACCUUAUUGUAUUCAAGACUUUCCGAAAGAUUUGUUUGAUUUGGAUGCCAUUCGAUUGAUUCGUGAAUCUGGUGCAUUAAGUUUACCUCCACCUAAUUCGUUUAUCUCAACGGAUUUCACGGUAGAUAAAGUGGAUGUUCCUGUUCCCAGUCGGAGACCUCAUUGUAUAAGAGAUGAUCAGUUUGGUAGACUUUGGCACAAGAAAGAUGAUCGAUGGUGGGUUCCUAGAGCUUCGAUUGUAGUGAUGAUUCGAAAUCCGAUUAUAGAUCAAACGGUUCAUAAUAUCAUUAAGACUCAAUAUAUCACCAAGUUAUUAAAAGAAUCAUUAAAUGAAGAAUUAUAUGAAUCUGAACUAGCAGGAUUAUCGUAUAAUAUUUCGUAUGAUUCAGAUUCGAUGAUAUUUAAUUUAGAUGGAUAUCAUCAAAAACUUUCGGUCUUGUUUGAAUAUGUUUUAAAAGGAUUAAAGAAUUUGAAAGUCGAUCGACAAAAGUUUGAACUCGUUAAAGAUUUUCAAAUUCGUAGGUAUCAAAACUUUAUGUUGGAAGGUCCUGUUCGCAUUGCUGGGUAUUGGAUUGAAGCCGCUUUGAAUGAUUUGCAUUAUGGCUAUGAAGAGAAAUUGAUGGCUUUAGAAGUCAUCACACCGGAAGAUGUUGAAGAAUUUAUUCCUGAACUUUUGAAAAGAGGAUUUGUGGAAAGUCUUGUACAUGGGAAUUUAAAUGAAAAGGAAGCGAUUGAGAUAAUAGAAUUACCUACGAAGAUUUUAGAUCUCAAACCGGUUAAAAGUGAUGAAUUGAGAAAAUCACAUUCAUUGAGGAUUCCCAAAGGCACGAAUUUGGUUUAUGAGAGAGACUUGAUGAAUCCAUCGAACUUGAAUAGUGCAGUGAAUGAUUUUAUAGACAUCGGAGACAUCACAUGUCAUUCGACUCGAACCAAACUAACACUCUUAUCACAAUUAAUCAAUGAACCUGCCUUUAAUCAAUUGAGGACGAUUGAACAAUUAGGAUACAUGGUUUAUACUUAUUUGAGAAGAUCAACAGGACAGAUUGGAUUGAAUUUGACGAUUCAAUCUGAACGGGAUCCAAAGUUUAUUGAAAGUCGAAUUGAAAGUUUUUUUACUUGGUUUGGUGAUGUGAAAUUAAAGGAAAUGAGUGAAGAAGAAUUUGAAGAUCAAAAGAUGAGUUUGAUUAAUAAGUUAUUAGAAGAUUUUAAAAAUCUUUGGGAAGAAGCAUCACAUUAUUGGAUUCAUAUUCAUUCGGGAUAUUAUGCAUUUGAACAAAGGUAUAAAGAUGCCGAAAUGAUUCAAAAGAUUACCAAAUCUGAAAUCGAAACGUUUUAUCAAGAAUAUCUUAAUCCGAAAUCGAUUGAACGAUCUAAACUUUCGAUUCAAAUCAAAUCACAAAACGUACCAGUUCCGAUUGAAAAGAUUGAAAGAUUAGGAUUAAAAGAACGUGUUGGACAAAAGAAGAUUGGAGAAGAUGAAUUGAAUAGAUUGAUUGAAGAGAUGGGAUUGAAAGUUGAGAAAGAGUUGGGAUUGGAAAAGAAAGAGGGAUUCGAAGGUGGUUUGCCGGUUUUGGUUCUGGAUGGGAUUGAUGGAUUGAGGAAUAGGUUGGUUAAGAGUACUUGUGCUAUGCCUCAUCCUGAUUGGAAAGCUUGA